CUGCCUUGUGCUUGGCUGUUCCCGGAAAAUUGGUUGAAGGAACUGGCAUCCGCCUUGGUUUGCGCCAACAACAAUGAGGACGAAGAUAUUAUGGCGCUGAUCAUCAAGCCCACCAAUCUCACACCAACGGACUUUCUAGCCUCGACGGUUUCCAUGUGUGUGCUCACGGCGCUCGCAAUUGUUGUACGAUUCUGGUCAAAUUAUAGCCACGCCGGCAAAGUCUUUGUUGACGAUUAUUUAUGCAUCAUGGCCCUCAUCUUCAUGGUCUGGAAUGCGGUAACAUUUUACCUGCUGCUUUCAGUACUAAAUUCUGACCCUGAAAAGGUUGAUCUUGUUUAUCUCACGACGCUUUGCGCUGUAGGGAUCUUCGCUGCCAACUGCGCGCUGUAUACCGCAAAACUACCCCUUAUUUCCCUAUUAAUUCGAACGUUUGGUAUCAAACGAUGGUUACAAAUAACCUGCAAGAUCCUGGUGGUGUUGGGCUUCAUAGGAUUUAUGGCGACGGCAAUUUAUCCUACGGUCCGGUGCAGCCCUCAGCUACAUACUGUCAACCCGAUGUUCUUGAUAACUUGCAUCACAUCAAUCGCAGAUGUCACUAUCCCUCGAGGCUCGAUAUCGAUUACAAUUGACGUACUAUUAUUCGUCCUACCGCUCCCGAUCAUCCAAACUCUAAAGCUGCCAUUCAGGAAGAAGUUGGGACUGGUGCUAGUCUUUAUUGCGGGAGUUCUACCCUAUGGCCCCAGGGCGAUCGUUGCUAGUGCCCUCGGGCUAUACUUCUCAAGCAUGAAGAAGGGGGAUACAGCAUCAAACAUCGCAAAUGCUCUUCUUGUAAGCGUUAUCGAGAGCAGUAUCGUAGUUCUCGUGAGCUGCGCGCCGGCGUUCCACCUCUUCUGGGGCAUGCAGACGGGCUCGACAUCACGCAUUGGCACAAGCAAUCAGGGCACAAACGCAACAAGUUCGCGGCUGGGCCUCUCGGUUCGCUCCUCGAAGCGCCAAGAAGAGUUUAUCAGCACACCAAGAUCGAUCCAGGCCACUUCACACCACUACAUCGAGCUUCGGGACAUGCCGGGCGCCAAUGGGAGAGGGUCUACGGUUCAGGUAACAGCAGGAAGGAUGGAGCGGUAA